AACAAAUUUGAUAAAGUAGUCUAAAGUAGUUAGUUAAUUAAUUAUAUAUAUAUAUAUAGUAAACUUUAAGAUUCAAACAAAGAUUUCAAUUUAAUGGCUCAAGCAGUACCUGGAAGUAGAAAGAAUUUAUAGUCUUAAUUAGUUAAUUAGGAGAUCAUCUUUAAAAUAGAUGGUGAAGUUAUUGAUUAAAAGGAAAAAAAAGAUAUCUAAUAUCCUAGAUAAUUGAAAUUUUCUACACUCAAAUCUAAAGGAUUUUACAACAGAUCUGCCUCAGUGGAUAGAUUGAGAUCAAGAAGUAAUUUAAAAUUAAGUGAUGAUGAAUUAAAUAAUUCAACGAAAUCAAAUACGACUAAAGAGAGUCAUAAGGAAAAAUAAAAUGAAGAUAGUAUUAAAAAAAGUAAAUAAAUAAAACAAAGUGAAAGGAGAACAAGGAAAGAAGUAGAGUUAGAUUAAUCAGAUGAUUUGAAUGUUAAAAAGAGAUAAAUUAGUUAAAAGUAAUAAAUUUCUCCUCCUAAUCAAAGACUUAGAAGCAGAUCUUAAAAAGAUGAGGAAUAAGAUUAAAAGCCAUAAAAAAGAGGAAGAAGUAUCUCUCUUCCUCAAAGAAAAAAAUCAAUUAAACCUGCUAAAAUUGAGGUUGUUGAUUAGUCAAGUGAUACAGAUGGACAUCUUUGUGAGUGCUGUGUUAUUGAUUAGUUUGAUCCUAACAGAAUUUUAAAGAAUAAACACCACGGAGCUGAUGAUGUUUAUAGUGAUUCUGUUGAAUCAGAUUCUUCCUGUGACUCAUAUUGUGCAAAAGUGCUUGCUGAAGUUGCUGCAAAAGAAGUCUAUGAUCCCUCUAAAAUUCAUAUGAUAUUAAAUACUAAGCAAUUUAAAGAGGAUCAGUAUUACUAAAAGUAAGAGCUUAUCAAUUAAUAAAAUGAAUUUCUAAGAUAGUAAUAAGAAUAUCAGUAUAUGUAAUAGCAAUAAAUGCAAUCUAAAUAGAGAAAUUCUUCAAUUAAUGCCAGAUAGAGAUAAUCUCAAAUGGCACAAUAAACUAAUCAGCAAUAAGAUUCAGCUAAAUUUUAACAGUAUCAUGGUUACCAGUCUUAAACACAACCUUCAUCAGCUCAAAAACAAAGUUAGCAUGGAAUGUCCUCAAAUUAAUAAAUGGAUAAUCUUAAAGAUAGUUAAUAAAAAUCUUAAUAAUAAAAUUCAUAAAUAAAAAGCAAAUAAUAAAAUAUUUAAUCAAAAACGUUCAAUUAAAAUAUUGAAAAGCAUCAAAAAAGUAAGAGUGUGCAUUCAUUAAAGAUUUAAGAAAACUAUAUGUAGCAGCAUCUUCCAGAGAUUCUUUAAUCUAGACCAGUACCUUAAAUGGAACCUGCUCCUAAAGACAAAUAUAAAAUAUAAGAACUUAUUGAGGAAAUGAUUAAAUAAAAUAACAGAAUUUAUAAAGCUGAAAUGUAAAAAUCUUUUCAAGAUAAACUUGAGUAGAAGUAAGCUGAGAUUUAAAGAAGGGAAAAUUUAAAGGAGAGAAUCAAAUUUAUUUAGAGGAAACACAGAGAAUAAUUUUUAAAAAAGUAAUAGGAAAAGGAAAUGCAGAAUUAUGAAGAUGAAGAAUAAAAAAAAUUACACGAAUACUAGUGGGGUUUAGAUUAAAGGAAAUUUAAUCCAGAUAUGACAAAAUUUACUUCUAAAGAUAAGGCUAGAGUGAAGAAAGAUUAAAAUUUAGAUGAGUAUUUUAGAGAGUUUAUUGAUAAAGUUAGAGAAAAAAUUAAAAAAAGAAAGUAGCUCCUUAAAAAGGAGACCAUGAAAAGAUCUUUAAGCUCUAAGAAGUUGUUUUUAGAAAAAGAUAAAAAAAAGCAAGAAAAGCUUUGGAACAGUGUUGUACCCAAAGAAUCUGCUAAGAAGAAAAAAAAUGAAGAUGAAUUUGAUGAGCUAUUCUAAUAGAAAAAAUAAAAGGAGAUUGAAAAAUAACAACAAAUUUUGCAAGAGAGAAAAUAGAAGUAUUCUACUAAGAACAAGAGAGAUUUGUCUAAUUUAGAAAAAGAAAAAGUUAUUGAAGAACGAGGUAAUCGAGCCUUGUCUUAAAUUUAGAAAGAAAAGAAGGAAAAAGAAAAUAAUAAAAAGAAGAUAAAAAAGAUGCUCAAAGAAAUUCAGUAAAAGGCUAAGAAAUAAUUAGAAAAAGCAAAAAAGAGAGAGUUUAAUACACUUUCAGAGAUGAAUUUUGAAUUUUCAGGAUAUGAAGAUUCUCCUAACUAGAGUAGAUAAGAUGUUCAAAAGAAAAGAGUAAACAAAUCUGUUUCUGAUAAAGAAAACAGGUAAAUUUAUUCAUAGAAAUCUGUUGAAUUAAAGCAAAAACAGAAUACAUAAAACAAGUCUCAUUAAAGCAUAUAAAAUACAGCAUCAAAAAAUAAAAAGUAAAAUGAAAAACAAUCUGGCUAGAAACCUUAAUAAACACUGUCCUAGCAGUCUAUAUAAUAGAAAAAGGAAAAAUAACAAAAGGCUGAGCAAAUUAAAGAAUAAGAAAUCUAAGAGCAGUAUCAUAAAAAUGAUUCUAAAUCAAAGGAACGUUAAAAAAUAAAUGAGUAUGAUGAAUUAGAGGAGGAGAAAGAAAUAGAUUAAAGCUAAUAUGAAAAAAUAUAAGAGGAAAAUAGAGAGAAAGAGUAAAAAGUUAACCAACUUGUGGGAAGCAUGAGUUUAAAGAAUAUAAAGAUUAAAUCUAAUCUUCCUUAGCCUCAUUAAAGUGAGAUAAGUCAAAUAGGUAAUGUUACAGGUUAGACAAAUACUCAAGAACUUCCUGAUGAUUUUGUUGAAAAAAUAUUUACAACAGCAGAAAUGAAAGAUUUGCCAAAAGAAUUUAUAUUUUCUUAACAAAAAAAAGAAUAAAAGUUAACAGGUGGAGAUUUCAAGAAAUUUGAAAGAGAAAUUUAAAAUCAAAUAUAUAAAAAAAAUGAAAAACCUAUUUAUCAUCAUGUAAACCAAGUGAAACCUCAACUAAAAAGUGAAAUAAAUGUUCAGAAACAAAACAUACCCUUAAGUAUAAAAGAAGAAAAGGCUAGGAUAAAUAAUUUUGAAAAGAAAUCUAGCAAACCUUCCCAGCAUCUUUUACAAGGAGAAAUAGUUUACAAAGAAAGCAAAUAUGAAGGAGUAAGAGAAAUAAAGCACGUUCCACCAAAACCUAGAUAAAUAUCUCAAGAAGAAUAUAAGAAAAAGCAGGAAGAAAUGAAUAAAGUCAAAAUUAUAGAACCUGCUAUUCCUCCAAUUGAGCUAAGAAGAAGAAAUGAAAAGUAAAAAAGUAUAAAAGAAAAGUACCUUGAAGAAUAUAACUCAAUAAUGAAAGAUGAAUAAAGGCUUAAAGACCAAUAAAUCAGAAAAUAAUAAUAAUAUAUCUUGGCUCAUGAUCUAGAAGAUGAUAUGUUUGAAAUGGCUUAAAAAGCAGUUUAUGAUGAAAUUAAGUAGAAGAAAGCCUAACAAUAAAAAGAAGUUAAAAAGACAUUUGGUUUUAAAGAUGAAGACAGCGACUAAGAGCUUUAUGCUUAAGGUGUGGAUGAGUAUGAAAAAGCUCGUGGAUAGAUACUUCCUGAUGUUCUUAAAAAUAUUAAUAAGACUAACUUUGCAAGCAUAAUAUUUAAAUAAAAGCAAAGCAAAAGUUCUUAAAAUUAGGAGAGCGGUAAAAAAUGA